AUGGAGUCGUUUUUGCGGGAAAAGACCUCCAAGAUCAUUGCGUCCAACGAUGUGAAGAAGGAAACGCUUUUUGUCAGGGCGAUGUUCUCCCCUCUCAGCUGGCUCAGGUGUGAAACCUCUCCGGGAGGUGUCGCGACAUUCCCUCCCUGGCCUGGGGCUUUUCAUCCCUUCCUGGGGGGAGUGACCGAGCCGACCCCUCCGGCGGGGUGGGAGAUGGCUCCGGAGGUGUCACACGGGGACCGUGAGGGGUUCGCACUGUCCUGGUGUCAUCCAGCUGCCCAGACCCCUCACACGCCCCCGAGCCCUGCCCCUGUGCUGUCACCGAGUCCCUUUGUCCCGCAGAGAGAUGCCAAGGGCCAGUACCUGUUCGACCUCCUGUGCCACCACCUGAACCUGCUGGAGAAGGAUUACUUCGGCAUCCGCUUCGUGGACCCCGACAAGCAAAGGCAUUGGCUGGAGUUUACCAAGUCGGUGGUGAAGCAGAUGCGGGCCCAGCCUCCCUUCACCAUGUGCUUCCGUGUCAAGUUCUACCCCACGGACCCCGCGGCGCUGAAGGAGGAGAUCACCAGGUACCUGGUGUUCCUGCAGAUCAAGAGGGAUCUGUACCACGGCCGGCUCCUGUGCAAGACGUCGGACGCGGCGCUGCUGGCUGCCUACAUCCUGCAGGCUGAGAUCGGGGACUACGACCCGGGGAAGCACCCAGAAGGCUACAGCUCCAAGUUCCAGUUCUUCCCCAAGCACUCGGAGAAGCUGGAGAGGAAGAUCGCUGAGAUCCACAAGUCCGAGCUGAGUGGGCAGACACCAGCUACUUCAGAGCUGAACUUCCUCAGGAAAGCCCAGACUCUGGAGACCUACGGGGUUGACCCGCACCCGUGCAAGGACGUGUCCGGAAACGCGGCGUUCCUGGCCUUCACCCCCUUCGGCUUCGUGGUCCUGCAGGGAAACAAGAGAGUUCACUUCAUCAAGUGGAACGAGGUGACCAAGAUGAAAUUCGAAGGGAAGACUUUCUACCUGUACGUAAGCCAGAAGGAGGAGAAGAAAAUUGUUCUCACCUAUUUUGCCCCGACCCCAGAAGCCUGCAAACACCUCUGGAAGUGCGGGAUCGAGAACCAGGCUUUCUACAAGCUGGAGAAGUCGAGCCAGGUGCGGACGGUGUCCAGCAGCAACCUGUUCUUCAAGGGAAGCCGCUUCCGAUACAGCGGCCGCGUGGCCAAGGAGGUGAUGGAGUCCAGCGCCAAGAUCAAGAGAGAACCGCCCGAGAUUCACCGGGCCGGGCUGGUGCCGAGCCGCAGCUGCCCGUCCAUCACGCACGGCCCCCGGCUGAGCAGCGUGCCCCGCACCCGGAGGAGAGCCGUGCACAUCUCCAUCAUGGAAGGCCUGGAGUCCCUCCGCGACAGCGCCCACUCCACCCCGGUGCGCUCGGCUUCCCACGGCGACGCCUUCGCGGGCCCCGGGCGGAGCGGCCGCGCCGAGAGCAGCGAGCGGGUGGCGGUGAUCGCCGACGAGAGCUACAGCCCCGCGGACAGCGUGCUGCCCACGCCCGUGGCCGAGCACAGCCUGGAGCUGAUGCUGCUGUCGCGCCAGGCCAACGGCGCCCCGUGCAGCAUCGAGGAGGAGAAGGAGUCGGAGGCGGGCACGCCGGCGGCGGAGGCGGAGGGCGAGCUGCGGGCGCUGUGCCCGGGCGCCGGCGGCCUGGGGCCGGCACAGGCCCAACAGGUGAAUAAGUUUCUUUUAAGUGUCCUCCGUUUGCUCCUUGUGACAGUUGGACUCCUCUUUGUUUUGCUCCUCCUCCUGAUCGUCCUUACCGAGUCCGACCUUGACACUGCCUUUUUCCGUGAUAUCCGCCAGACCCCAGAGUUCGAGCAGUUCCAUUACCAAUACUUUUGUCCCCUCAGGCGAUGGUUUGCCUGCAAGCUCCGCGCCGUGGUAAACCUGCUCAUUGACACCUGAAGGCAGGAGCCACCACGGGGGCCCGGACCCGCCGCCGUCACUCUCUAACCCUCCCCUCCCGAGCCCCAGCCCGGCCGAGGGGGCGGCUUUCCGGGAGGAAGAGGAGGGUGGGCGCAGCCCCCGGAGCCCCCUCCUCCCCGUGCCCCGCACAACACCUCCCACCCCGACCCCACGCGCACCGAGCGGACGGGACUCCGCUGCUCCGCCGCCCGGGCCGGCGGGGCCGUCCCGCAGGAGCUUUAGCAAUGGUGCUACUGAGGUUUAAUUUAACACUCGUGUACCGUUCACGGUAUUAAAUCCGCACUGUGCCCGCCGCCCCCGCUUGGCAGAGCCCUCUCCCUGCUCACCGGAGCCUCCUGCGAGGUGACACAGGGCCGCGGCGCCCUCGGGGACGCCCCGGUGCCCUCCCCUCCCCGCGGCGCGGCGGUCCGGAGCCCUCGCCCUGCCGCGGGCUCGGCCCUUCGCCACUUUUCUAAGCCUCGAAGCGCCGGUGCUCCCGAGGGCAGGGGAGCACGGAGGCCCGGGGAGGCCGGGCACGCACGGCCGAACCUGGCGUGGAGCUGCAGUGACUGUGUCAGGUUUAUUGGGAUGACCUUUACCCUCCGCCAGCUGUACCUGUUUUGUAAAAAAAAACAAAAAACAAACAAAAAAAAACCACACAAAAAAAACCAAGCAAAAAGAACAGAAAAAGGGAAAAAAAGAGACAUUUCAAGGUCUAUUUUAACAAGGAAAUGCUAUUUUGUUAUCAAAUCUAAUCCAGUCUUUUUUUACUUUACGGAUGGGGUGACCGUGGGCGCCGGUUCCGAGCGGUUCCCAGUGAGAAUGGUGUAAGAGUAAACGCUGGGACACAACGCCAGCCGAGCCCUGCUGGCUUCGGGACACAGAAGGAGCUCUGGCUCUGGGACACAGAAGGAGCUCUGGCUCUGGGACAGAGAAGGAGCUCUGGCUUUGGGACACACAAGGAGUUCUGACUUUGGGAACAGAGAAGGAGCUCUGGCUCUGGGACACAGAAGGAGCUCUGACUUUGGGACACAGAAGGAAUUCUGACUUUGGGACACAGAAGGAGCUCUGGCUCUGGGACACAGAAGGAGCUCUGACUUUGGGACACAGAAGGAAUUCUGGCUUUGGGACACAGAAGGAGCUCUGGCUCUGGGACUUUUCCCAAGAGGACACAAGCUCAGAAGCGCAGGUGACACUGAAGAAGCCAAGGGACACCUUCAGCAAGUCAAUAAACCCAGCUGAUGGCAGCGGUGACGACCCCGGGACUGUUGGUCACCAGGAGCAGCAGCCCACCCACAGGGAGCAAUAACAGCCACUUCUGGUUAGGUUGGGGUGACAAGCUGGACAUAUCAGAAAAAAAAAAAAAAAAAAAAAAAAAAAAAAAAAAAAAAGGGGCAAAACCAGUCGAGCAAGUUUAAUUUCAUCUCAGGGAGAGAUUUUUCCGUAAGCUGGGGCCAUAGCUGCAGUUUUACUAAGCCUGCUGUCCGUGUUAUCUCCGAGCAUCCACCACGCAGCGCCGGGCGGGACGGUGCCGCGGGCCACGCGGGGCCCUUGUCACCGCAGCGAGGGGACAGCUCCCGGCGGGGUCACAGCCCCUGCCCGGCUCACGGCCAUCCCAGCACCGGGCCCCAGGGGCUGGGCACAGCCCCGGCUCCAGAGGAAGGCGGGAGCCCUCCGGGAAGGCUCCGGGAGCCCUCCGGGAAGGCUCCGGGAGGCGGAGGAGCGAUUUUUUUUUUUUUUUUUAAACAUGAUAAUCCUGUUUUAUGCAACAUAGCAAGAAUAACUCUUAGUGUAGUGUUCCUACCUCAGCCCAUAGCGCUGAUGUUUCUAUGCAGUCGUGCUCGUCCCGACGCUGACAUGUUUGACCCCCGGGUUAAGGCUGCAGUGUCGUCCUUCCUCCUCCUCCUCCUCCUCCUCCUCCUCCUCUCCCCACUGCAAUGUUCUGUGUGACGUGGUGACAGCACAGCUCCAUCCCGUGCUCCAUCCUUUCUGGACACAUCCUGCCAGCCCCGGGUCGCCUCUGCGGUGGUCACCCAGCGUUUUACUGCAAAACCUCGAGAACUGGUGAAUUUCCGUCGUACGUUUCUCCGGUCUGUCCCAGAUCCUGUCGUGUGUUUCAGGCCCCGGUAGUUUUACUCGUCUUUCUAUCAAAAUGUUGUUUCCAUAGGUUCUGAGAUCAGAAACCCGUGAAUCUCGUCCUAGCAUACUGCAUCUUUCAGCAGUAGACAGUAAAAUACCUGAAAAUGUGAAUUUCUUAGUUUUCAUAAAGAAAACCUAGAGAUUAACCUUUCAUGUGCCAAAUACUGUAAGUUACAUCUUUUUUUCCUUCAAAAUGUACCUUUUUCUACAUAUCCAAUACCUUAGUUAGCAUAAAAUCAUUGGUGCCAUGAAAAGUAUUUUUAAAUUUAAAUAAAUAUUUAAAUAUCAUGAAAAGCAAGAGUCGGGAUGAGCUUUGUUCAGCGGUUCUGAUUUUUCUUUACUCAAGUGGAAAAAGCUCAAACUGUGAGAAAUUUGUUCUUUCAGCAGCUUCUCACUGGAGAGAGAGUUCCAGAGCUGCAGGUGAGUCCCUUGCACGUCUCUGCACUCCGGGAGCACAAUUUUUAAAUUUGGAGUUUUGGAAGGCUCUAAGGGGCUGGAACACGUAACA